AUGUCUACAUUCAACGCUGAAGAAGCCGAUAACUUGGAAGAUAUUGAAAAGCAGUUUGCCGUCAAGGCAGUGAUGCAAGCCGACACAUACUGGAACUUGCUCAGCAAGAUUCCCGGUACCAAGCUCAAGUUCACACCAAGAGACAACGAUAUUUUUGAAACUUUGCUUGCGGACUUUCCUGAAUUCGAGAGCCCAGAUUUCGUCAAGAAGAUUAACGAGGACGAGAUGAAAUCCAAGGACGGAAAGGAGAGGUGGAGAAACUUCUGCAAGAAGUUCGAGGACAUUGAAGACUACAACUUUGGAACCUUGUUGAGAGUCAGCAGUGACGACGAAUACACUCAGGAGGGCACGAUCUUUGUCCUGAGAUUGCAAUUCUAUGCAGUUGAGAUUUGCAGAAACAGGUACGGUUUGAACGAGUGGGUUUCCGGCAAGAAAUAA